ACUGUUAACUUCGUCGCCUUGAAUUUUAUAGGUGAUCAAGUAUCUCGAAAGGGCACGCUAACCGGUGGUUACUAUGACAAUCGCUUAUCUCGUUUAGAGUUGCAGAAGCGCAAGCAGAAGACUGAGAUGGAUAUCCAGGAGACAGAAAAUGUGCGCGAAAACAAUUCAAAGCGUAAAGAACAGGUAGACGCUCAGAUUAAUCGCAUCAUUGACGAUCUUCAACGAAAAGAGACGGUCCGCUCUAAACAUGAGUGA